GGUAGGUUGAGUCUAGAAGGAUCGAAACAUAUUAUACGCCAUAUUAGAUAUCGACCUUUGUUUGUAGCAACUUCAAGCGUUAGCAUCGUUUCUCUACUUUUGUCGUGUACUCUGUCUUUCCCUGUCCGCGGUCCGUGUCUCUUCUCCGGGUCAGAAAAAUCAUUUAUUUUUGUGCAUUAAAUUUGUUAUUGAGUGCGAUUGGUCGACGUGAAAGGAGGAACCACUUUGCGGUGGUUGCCUAAGCUCUAAUAGCCGAGCAUAAAAGACAUACUACGAUGGUCGACUACUACAGGAUUCUCGAAGUACAACGGACUGCUACCAGCAGUGAUAUAAAAAAAGCAUACAGAAAAUUAGCAUUGAAAUGGCAUCCAGACAAAAAUCCCGAAAAUUUGGACGAAGCGAAUAAGAGGUUCAAGGAAAUAUCUGAAGCAUAUGAAGUAUUGAUAGACGAUGCGAAGAGACGAACCUACGACCAGCGAUUGUAUCAGAAGGCGUCCUCGAGGCCAGGCCGUGGAUUCACCUUCCGGAGUUACUUUGACUCUCCCUUUCAACGACACUUUGAAAAGAAAAGGCGUGUUUACGAUCAAUAUGGAAAGGAGGGUCUACAGAUGAACGGUGGCAAGAGACGUCAUGAGAGUGACUUCAGGCCAUUGUUUACCACUUUCGUCUUUAGGGAUCCGGAGGAGGUCUUUAAGGAAUUCUUUUCCAACUCGUCCUUCGAUGAUCCUUUUGCUGGCAUGUUCGGGCCUGGUGUUCGUCGAGGACCAGGUAGAAAUGGUUCUAACAACAGUUUGAACACGUCGUUAUUUGGACGUCUGGGUUUUCAUUCGCCGUUCGACGAUGUAUUUGAAGGAGCAACAUAUUGCAAUUAUACUUCGUUUGGCACGUUUACUGGCUUCGACGGAACGACAGGUGGUGGAGCAGCAAUAAAAACCAGUACAUCGACACGUUUCAUCAAUGGGAAAAAGAUAACCACCAAAAAGAUAUACGAAGACGGGAAGGAAACCAUAAUGUCAUACGAGAACGACGUCCUAAAAUCCAAGACGGUGAACGGAGUACCACAGUCAAUAACGUUCGACGAAGUAUCGACAAGUCGUCAAGUCGCUGAGGGGAUCGAUGAUGUUACCGUGAUUAGCCAGACCGUAAAAAUACAUCAUGGUGAUUAUCCAAAGGGUAGCAGAAACAAAACCCAUCAUCACCCACAUGUCAAGAAGGUGGAUAAGGGUAAGAGAAAGUAAAAAGACGCGCAUCGUCAUUUCUCUGCGCUUCAGGUUCCUUUCCUCAAUAAUUAUUAACGAUCGAUUGGGUUGCGGUACGAUGGACUUGAUGUAAAUUUUUCUUUUUUAUCGCUAUUAUUAUUAUUAUUAUUAUUAUUAUUAUUAUUAUUAAUAUUAUAAUUAUAAUUAUAUUAUUAUUAUUAUUAUUAUUAUUAUUAUUACUACUACUAUUAAUAUUAUUAUUAUUAUUAUAAUUAUAAUUAUAUUAUUAUUAUUAUUAUUAUUAUUAUUAUUAUUAUUAUUAUUAUUAUUAUUAUUAUUAUUAUUAUUUACUACGGCAUCGCGUCUGUUGUCGCUUAACGAAGGAAAGUUCCACAUAAUUAAUAUAACGGAUAUAUAUCAGACUUAAUAAUCGUAUCUUGUGAGAGUGAUGUUCGGUGAAAAAAAAAAAGAAAAGUCUGUAUAGAUUUACAUAUCUAUACGAUUGGAAGAAUAAUAAAAUAAUAAAAUUAAUGUCGAGAUUAGAAAUAGUAAUAUACUUAAAAUUUCUGAUUGUAAGAAAAACGAUGUAAUAAUAACGUCUGCAGAUAGCAUUCUAGAGUCGAUUAUAUAUAUAUAAUUUUAUAUAUUAAUUAUAUAUAUAUAAUUUUGUUUUUCUUUUCGGUUGCUUCGUCGACCUUCAUUUAAUAUCAUCAUUUAAAAUCAAUGUUUAAGGAUUAUAUUAAAAUAAUGAAAUCAUUUGUUCUAAAAUUAAAAGAAUCCAAAUGAUUUAUCGUAUGUUUUACUUAAAAAUUUAUUUCAUUUUAAUUGUCAGAUAUAUCUAUAUAUAUACAUACAUACAUACAUACAUACAUACAUACAUACAUAUACAUACGUACGUACAUAUAUAAUAAGCGCAUCAUUCUCUCGAGUGUGUUAAAAAUCGAGUAAGAUACGUCGUUAAAUUUCAGAACUGAUAAUUAUUAUUAAAUUUUAAGCUCUUAUCACAAGUAUCGCCGUGUCACCAUUAAAAAUUUAUAAUUUUAAGUUUUAAACAUUGAAUCGGUCAAGUGCGUAUAGAUAUUUCGAUAAGAAGACCCAUUGCUUUAUCAUUGCCUUAAAUAAAAAUUGUAUUGUCUCAGUAA